CUCGACUGCAUUGUGCAUUUUUCGCCAUUCCUCCAGCAUGGACAUUGAGAUCGCCGCCCCUUCGCUCCACCGGCGGAAGCCAACUGAUGACUUGCAUGUCGACUGUUCCGAUGCUGUCCUCGCAAAGUCUUCUGAGGGCGUGAUGAGUCCCGCCACCGCAUGCAGCUCGUCCGAUGGGGACGACACGUGCAACGUUUUUGUGUGCGACGUGUGCUUGAAUGAAUGCGACCUGUCCGACGCGGUGACACUAAUCUGCGGUCGGUCGUGCUCGGCCACCAUGUGCACUGCAUGCACGCACACGUACAUCACCGUGCGCACGGCCAGCGUGAUUCCUGGGGUACUGGCCAAACUCAACUGUCCCACGUGCCUCGUCCCUGUGAAUUUGCGGCGCUGGCACAACCGCCUAGCUGCUUUUGCGCCGAAAUUCGACGACGUGUUGAGUCAAUUUUGCGACAAGGUGGAGCGCUCCUGCGACGUCAAGUGCCCAAGCUGUCAUAUCAAUCGUAGCCAACUUCCGCCACAUGUAUCCAGCGUGCCGCCGAUCAAAAUGCUGCCGACGUUGGCGGCACACAUCCCUCGCCUUCGCGAACUAGGUCGGGCGUAUUGCAACCAUCAACUGUCGGCGGCCGACGUUGUUGCGUUUGCUCAAACCACAUUUGGCCAGCUAGGCGAUAUCAUUUUGGAGUACUUGGUGCAGCUGAUUGACGACAGAGAGCGCCGCGCGACCCUGUACCUCCGCCUCCGUCGAACAAAUCCGCUCAUUCUCACCUUAUGCUGCAACGCCGCAGUGUGUUUUUCAUGCCACGUGGCAGGCCAUCACGACGGCGGUCCAUGUGGCGGCGUCGCUCCAACGGACCAAGUCGUCGAGUGCGAGUCGUGUGGGCUGCACUUAGUCAAGGGCGAUGGGUGUGACUGGGUGCAAUGCUACUGCGGUCUCGAGUUUGGCUGGACGAGUGCCGCCAUGGCCACUAAGAUGCGCCGCCUGGAACCGCGCCAUCUCGCCGCGCUGCGUUGCAUGAUCCAACCUUUCAGGCGACUAGUGUUCAAGCGCAAACUGUUUCGGCAAGUGCUAUCGAAAGUACCCGAGCUGCACUUGGCAGCGCGUCAAAGAAGCAUCGAGGCCGAGUUGUCCCGCAACGCCGAGCUGAAGCUAGCGCUGCGGCAUCGCUUGUGUCGGUGGGUACAACGCAUUCGCAAGCAUCGCGUGUUUCGUGGCAUGAUGAGCGACGUCCUGGUGAUGCAGGCCAAGUAUUUCUGGGUCAACCAUUGGGCAACCCAUGCAGACGAGUGGCACGAACUCGACGACGAAACGUCAUCCUUUAUGGCAAUGGAUGUUUAAGGCGACAUGCAAAUAAAAUAUAUCUCCUAUUAUAGUAAAUACUAUGAAUUGUGUACUACUAGUACUCAGUACUAUUAAAAUAGUAAUAGUACUACGUGUAGGUUUAAUACUAUUAAUAAAAUCAAUUUAUCCCAAA